GCACCACAGAAGAAGGGCACUUUACCCUCCUACAACAGGGAAACAGUUAACAUGACCAUGGAUAUGUUCUUGUGUUUAUUUGGACUGGCUUGGAUACAGCCGUUUACUGUGUCCCUGCACACCGAACAUAUCAGAGUAAAAACUAACCACGUGUUGCAUGUGAUAGAUGACAUGUUUGUCGGGGUUAACAUUGACAGCGGACGGCUGAGGUACAAUCUGAAGUUUCACAAUGUAAGCUCUCCCAAACUGCAGGCCCUUGGAAAGGCUUUAGCACCCGGGUAUCUGAGAGUCGGGGGCACAUCAGGGGACUACAUGGUGUUCGACCCGACUCACGACAUUGCUACUGGACAGCAGUUCCAGCUCCGAGCAACGACCUGGGAUGAUCUCAACAUGUUUGUUCAAAGAUUGGACUCAAACUGCUUCCUGACCGAUGGCGGAGCCAGUGCCAUAGACGUCCUGACCGUCCAUCAUUACUACUUUAAUGGAAACACAGCGAAACUCGAAGACUUUUCAUACCACUCUAUAAUGGACCGUCUUAUAUCCGAAGUUCAAACAGUGGUGGGUAUGGUGCGAAGCUAUCAUGGCCUGGUGGCGUGGCUAGGGGAAACUUCUUCUGGCUAUGGGGGCGGCACUCCUGGCAUUGGCAAUAGAUAUGUGGCAGGCAAUCUGUGA